CUGCGCCGAAGGGUCGAAUUUCUGGGCCCCACAGACCAUAGGAUGUGAUAUAGUAUGGCGCCUUAGUCUCUUAUGAUAAGGGCCAGUGUGUGUAUGUGUGUGUAUGGAGCUAUUGUGGUUCUUUCUGCUCGUAUCUGCCAACUUCUUCCCCGAUCCUACUAAGCGUAUGUGAGUGUAUACAGCAUGGUGUACUGUACUUAGCGCGCUGGAAACAUAUGCCAUCCGACCUACCCCUGGCUCGGGCUAUAUUUACAAACCCCUAAUACAUAUUCUAGGACGUACGCUUCUCAACAUAGGGUGGAAUGGAGGGAGAAUUACUCAUGCGCUCUCCUCCCUCGUCAAUAUUUAUAGCCUACAAUAAGUCUGUGUUACGAAGGAUGGCCAAAAGUACUGUCGUUAUGCCGCAAAUGUUCUAACAAACCCUUCUCGUUGAGGCUUCGAAAUAUGGGCCAAAGCCAUGCCCGGCAUCAUGUCGGCGAAGGACUGAAAUUGUACCACGCCUUCAAAUACGAGGAAGCCGUGCACAAAUGGAGUAAAGCGCUGGAUCGAACCUCCAACCUGCACGAAAAGUUCCUCAUCCUCGGUUACUUGAUCACGGCCAGCUUUGAUCGCGGUAGACAUCGGGACAUGCUGACUUACGCAGCCAGGCAGAUUGACCUUGCCCAUGAGGUAGCCGAUGUGAAUUUACGGGCAGAAGGGUACUUAAACCUGGCCAGGAGCAAUGAAAUGAUGUGUGAAUUCCACAAGACCUUAACAUACGGGCGCCACAGCUUGUCCAACGAGACCAGGCACGUGCGCUUACCCGGCUAUAUUCAUCUGUGCAUGGCGAACGCCUAUUGCGGCCUCAGCGAUUUCUCUAGCAGCCUUCAGUUUUAUUUCAAAGCUAACAAGGUGGCGCAGAAAGAAUUGGAUCCUUUAUUGGAAUUAUUGGUGAAUGCUGGACUUGGUCAUCUCUACAUCAGUUUGCGAGACUUCGAGAAGGGGCUGUUUUACCACAUCAGAUCGAAGGAUCUUGCUCGAGGUCUGGUGCACGAUGUUACCGCUAAAUUCCAGCGCCUUGUCGCCGUGAACAUGGCCAUUGCCUAUCUCAAACUGACAAGGUACAUUGAAGCUAUGGAUCAGUGCGAGGAUGCCAUGAAAAUGGCUUUGUCUCACAAUGACCGUGCUGUACAAGCUAAAUGUCUCCGGGUAUUUGCCGAAAUUCACCGCAAGCGGAAUGAUCCCGCGAAAGCUAUUCCACGGUAUGACACGGCCAAUAACCUGAUGGCAGAGAUCGGUGACAAACUGGGUCAAGUCGAGGUCCUGGCUGGUUUAGCCAAGCUUCAGGCUGCCCAGGGCCAGUAUGAUCAGGCUGUUGAGACAAAUCUACGGGCAUUAGACCUUGGUCAAAAUGUUGGUAAUAAAUUGUCAACCAUGCUGUGUCAUCAUCGACUGGAGCAGAUCUACAGGGUAAUGAGUAAUACAGACCAAUGUAAUCAACAUUCUUUUUUAUGUAAGCAGUUGAUUGCUCAGUUUGCUCCACGGUGUACGUGGUGUCAUGAUUACGUUGGAGAACACCCAUCUAAGCUGGAAGCCUAUUCCUGUGGCCAUGUGUACCAUUCAAGCUGUUGGGCACGAGUUAACCAACACUCCAACCUGUGCCGAUCACGACAAUGCCCUGUUUGCGACACCUCUAAGAGAUAAGAUGAAUGAGGAGCAUUCCUUAAGGCUUCAUUUCGUCUCCGUUUCUCCAGAUCUAUGAUUCUUCGACAUUAUCCUUUCGCUUAUCAUUGUACAUAUAUGUGU